AUGAUACUUCGCACUCAUUGCAACAAAGUAAAAUUAAGAAAGACAAAAAAAAAUCUUAACAGUAUCAUUGAAGCAAUAAAAUGUACGAUGAAUCCAUUUGAUGACACUAUUGACAAAGAUACAUUAUUCAACAUUUCAACCGGCAAAGCUGCGUCUAAAGAAGUUGCUGAUUUCCUGCUGAACGUGAAAACAGCAGGCUAUCAACAAAAAUUAAAUUUUAUCUCAGAAUGCUCUUCAACUCCUGCAAGAUUCGAUAAACCAAUAAAACGAAACAAAAUCUGCAAUUUUGCUUCUCAAUGUAUGACUAAACUCUUGAGUACCAAAGACAAGAACAAGAAAGUAUUAUUGAAAAUGGAACGAAGCCUAAAAAAAAAUUAA